AGCGCUUAAAACCGGAAGUUUACAAAUAUGGCGGGUGAUGAUGUUUGUAAAUUGGCGUUUGAUGGACAAUUAGAAAUUUUGAAACAAAAGCUAAGAGACAACAAUGAACUGGCAACAAAGGUGGAUGAGACAAAUAGGAUGCCACUUCACUGGGCAGCAUCAGCAGGCCACCUACCGAUUGUGGAAUGUCUCUUCAGAUACAAUGUUCCUGUAGAUGCAAGAGAUGAGUCGAAUUGGUCGGCAUUGAUGAUAGCAUCCUCAGCAGGAAGGGACCAGAUUGUCUCCCUUCUUCUGGGAGCAGGGGCGCAAGUGAAUGCUGUCAAUCAAACAGGCCAGUGUUCACUUCACUAUGCAGCCUCUAAGAAUAGAUAUGAGAUUGCCGAGAUGUUGUUACAGUAUGGAGCCGACUCUAACAUUGCUGACCAAUACCUACAUACACCUCUUCAUAGGGCUGCUUCUAAAGGCCACGUCAAACUGACCAAACUCUUACUCCAGUACAAUGUGGAUGUGAAUGCCAGGGACUCCGAGGGAAAUACCCCGUUACACUUGGCUUGCGAGGAAGAGAGGACUGAGGUAGCUUUACUGCUAGUGGGACAGGGUGCACAGAUAGAACUUCUCAACAAGGAAGAGAAAUCACCUAUUGACUUGGCAAAACCAGGACUUCAGAGAUCUCUUCAAAAUGCCAGUCAAACGUGACAGCAAUUCAUCACUUAGGGCAGUUACAUCUCACAGAGCUGUAUUGUGUAGAGGACAUUAACUACAAUGGACAGAAAACUGUUUUUACUGAUGAUAUUGUGAUUGGAUAUCUCCAGAAACAGUUGUAACAGAAGUUGUGAUUGGAUAUCUCCAGAAACAGUUGUAACAGAAGUUGUGAUUUGAUAUCUCCAGAAACAGUUGUAACAGAAGUUGUGAUUGGAUAUCUCCAGAAACAGUUGUAACAGAAGUUGUGAUUGGAUAUCUCCAGAAACAGUUGUAACAGGAAUCUGUGCAUCAUUGGUACUGUGUUGAUGACCAGCAUAGCCGCGUGCUUCACUUAUUUUACUGCAAUAUAAAUGUUAUUGUUUUUGUGAAAUGAGAAUGACAUGUGUUUUGUUAUUGAUGAAAUAAAAGCUAGACAUGGU